AGUAGUGGUUGCUUACUUGCAUUGGGAUAAGAAUAGAUUGUUUAUUUGAUGGGAUGUUGAAUCCUCAAACUCAAUUAUUAACAAUUAAACUUAUUUUAUAAUUGGUGGUGAAACAGAGGCAUCUAGAGGGAGAUUUCCAAAACAUGAAAGUUUUCAAAUCCCCACUAUCUUCUUUAGUCUUUAUAGCGUUCUUCCUGAAUUUUUUCCUAGUUUUCUUCACUCCCUCAUAUGAUUAUCAUAUGAUCCCCAUCCACUCAGAUUCUUCUAUGAUUUCCCCAAAAGGGAAACUACCCUCCACCUCUGCAAAUCACAGCUACAACAAUUCAGUACAGAUAAGGAUUAAGCUUGGCCGUAGCAUGAAGAAUAGGACUAGUUUGGAGUGGAUUGAACAAGGUUUAGCACGUUCACGAGCAUUUAUAAAAGAAGCAAUUCGGUCCAAUAACUACUCUGCCGCAUCGAAAGAGAGUUUUGUUCCCAAAGGAUCCAUUUACCUGAAUCCACACGCUUUUCACCAGAGCCACAUGGAGAUGAUGAAGAGGUUCAAGGUUUGGGUAUACAGAGAAGGAGAGCAACCAUUAGUGCAUGAAGGGCCCGUAAACAACAAAUACGCCAUCGAAGGGCAAUUCAUGGACGAAAUGGACACAAGUAACAAGAGCCCCUUCAAGGCUACCCAUCCUCAACAGGCCCAUCUCUUCUUAAUUCCCUUCAGUGUUGCCAAGGUCAUUCGCUACGUUUACAAGCCUAGAAAGUCCAGAUCCGACUAUGAUCCUGAACGCUUGCAACACUUGCUGGAAGAUUAUAUCAACAUUGUUGCAAAUAGAUAUCCUUAUUGGAACAGAAGCAAAGGUUCUGACCAUUUUCUUGUUUCAUGCCAUGAUUGGGGCACGCACGGGCUUUACUUGAUGAAUCAGGGUCCAACAAUUUCAUAUGCCAAUCCUCAACUCUUCAAGUACUUCAUCAGGGUACUGUGCAAUGCCAACACUUCAGAAGGAUUCCAGCCCAACAGAGACGUGUCCAUUCCAGAAGUGUAUUUGCCUAAUGGAAAGCUUGGCCCACCUAAUACAGCCCAACUCCCUGUUAACCGCCCAAUAUUGGGCUUUUUCGCCGGUGGAGCCCAUGGUAACAUUAGGAAAAAACUUCUCAAGAGAUGGAAGGGGAAGGAUAAAGAAGUUCAAGUUCACGAGUACCUUCCAAAGGGUGAAGACUAUACAAAGUUGAUGGGCCUAAGCAAGUUUUGCUUGUGCCCCAGUGGGCAUGAAGUGGCAAGCCCUAGAGUGGUGGAAGCAAUUUAUGCAGGGUGUGUCCCUGUAAUAAUUUGUCACAACUACUCUUUGCCUUUCACUGAUGUCCUUAAUUGGAGUCAAUUCUCCAUGGAAAUUCCAGUUGAAAGAAUACCACAAAUUAAGACUAUUUUACAAAAUGUUUCAAAAUAUAAGUACAUGGAGUUGUAUUCAAAUGUGAAGAGGGUCCGAAGGCAUUUUGUGAUAAACCGUCCAGCGAAGCCAUUUGAUUUGAUACAUAUGAUACUUCACUCACUUUGGCUUAGAAGGCUGAAUUUUCAGCUAACAGCUUCGCAAUAAGAGGAUUGUUAGGCAUAAAAUCUUUUUUCAUUUUUCAUUUGACGAUGCUAGAGCUUUUUGACCUCCGGAUGAAAAUAAAUAGUGAAAAUACAAUUUUGAA